AUGAUGUUGUUGGAUACCCCGUUGCUGACAGUGCCCAAUCAGGUCUUCCUGCUUCUCGUAGCAGAGAUGACGCUGUUUAUGCUACUCGUCCUGCCGAUGCCCUUCGCUGUUAAGCGCAAGAUGUUUACCUUCCUCUCCGAGAACCCCAUUAUAGGGAAGAUACAAUACGGGUUGAAGAUCACCUUCAUCUUCAUCCUGAUCCUCUUCAUCGAUAGCGUUAACCGCGUCUAUCGCGUGCAAGUCGAGCUGGCUGCUGCCACCGACACUAACAAGGGCUCGGCCGCGGUAAUGGGCCACGAGCGCCUCGAGGUGCAAGCGCGCAAGUUCUACAGCCAGCGCAACAUGUACCUGUGCGGCUUCACACUGUUCCUGUCCCUGAUCCUCAACCGUACCUACAUCAUGAUCCUUGAGACCCUGCGCCUCGAGGAGAAGGUCAAGCAAUACGAGGGCACCGACAAGAAGACCAAGGACAGCGAGAAGCUGGCGGUUGCUGGAAAGCCUGGCGAGAUUGCGCGCCUGCAGAGGGAUCUCGAGAAGAAGGACCGCGACAUCGAGAACCUCAAGAAGCAGGCCGAGGGCCUCUCCCGCGAGUACAACAACCUCUGUGAGAAGUACGGCGAGACGCAGCCACCUGCCGGCACCCGUAAGGACAAGUAG